CAUGUCAGACUUUCCAGUGAGUUUCUUGUGACUGUAGUUCCUGUUUUGACCCCGGAUUGUAUUUUGACCACUGUGUACCGCCUUGCCCUCCUGAUUCGGACUGCUUUCUGUGUAUGGAUUAUCGGACUGGAUCCCUCGGCUGUCGUGCUUCAUCAAACACAAGAAGACAUCGAUGAGAACAGGCUUCUGGGAUAUGGCUUCUCCUAGCCAACCAGAGCAGGGAUGCUACGAGCGCCUCGCCUGCUUCUCUGACACCAUUGGCUGUUCUCUGGAGAGUCGUUUUUUCUGAUAUUAAUGACUGCUGAGGAGACGGCGGCUCAUCUAUGUGGUCCGUCUCACACUUGAUCGAGGGAAGAGAUGCGCUCUUAACAUACGCUGUGAAUACGGGAACGGAAGGGCACAGGGAACACAUGAAUGCCUUUCCAUACUCUCGCCAACCUGCCUUUGGACUUAACCGUUUUGCUGUCAUCGGAGCAGCACUCUUGAUGGGAAUAUAGACAACACGAAGCUACUGUUCCGAAGGCUAGGAUGGUUAAAUCGGGCAGGAAUGGACUGGGCUGUGGACUUUGGAAGCUAGUAACAACAAUCAGUGAGGACAUUCAUCUUUAAAGAGCAGAUUCUUCAUGGAUACAUAUAAAUGUGUUUAACAGAAGUAUUUUGAGGCAUAAUAUCAAUCGAUCCUUUUUUUUUUUGUUUAUCUUCCACCCACCUUCUGGAGUCUUCCUGACUGCAGCAUUGGCCGUGAACCCUGACACCAGCAGGAAACAUUGAGUGAUUGGUCAUUACAUCCAAGGGUAACUAUACAGUAAGACAAAAAACCCCUAAGGAGCCCUGCUGCAGUUGGUGGUGGCAGGGGCAGUGAGUCAAUUGCCUCAGCAACUGCAACAAAUGAUUAAUUAUUUGUGCAGUUAACGGCUCAGACCACUUAAUCUACGAGGACCAAUUUAUUACUGGAGGGAAUCUGUCCAAUAUGAAGGACAUGUCAUUCAUGGAUCAUCUCUUUCUUGGCCUUGCCAUAGCCACUUUUGUUGUGGCCACUAAGGAGAGGCCUGAUUGCCCCAAGCUCUGUGUAUGUGAGAUUAGACCCUGGUUUUCUCCUAGCUCUGUGUACAUGGAGGCGCAAACAGUUGACUGUAAUGACUUGGGGCUCUUUAGCCUGCCAGAAAAAUUACCGUUGGGUACACAAGUACUAUUGCUACAGACAAACAAUGUCGUUAAAAUUGACAAACCUUUGGAUUACCUGAACAACAUCACAGAGAUUGAUUUAUCACAAAACAACUUAUCCUUUAUUAGCGAUGUCCAUCUGGGAAAUCUUCCUCAGCUGCUGUCACUUCAUAUGGAGGAGAACUGGAUACAAGAGUUGCCUGAACAAUGUCUGGCAGAGGUCGCAAAUCUACAGGAACUCUACCUGAAUCACAACCUCAUCUCCUCCAUUUCCCCGAUGGCUUUCCAGGGUCUCAGCAACCUUCUGCGGCUCCAUCUCAAUUCCAAUAAGCUGAAGGUCAUUAAAAAAGAAUGGUUUGAACCCAUGCCAAAUCUGGAAAUCCUGAUGAUUGGUGAAAAUCCAGUUCUUUCUAUUGAUGAUAUGAACUUUAAACCUCUCAGUAAUCUCCGCAGUCUUGUUCUCACCAGAAUGAAUCUGUCUCAGCUUCCUGAUGAUGCACUGGCUGGUCUUGACAACUUAGAGAGCAUCUCUUUCUAUGAUAAUAUUUUCCCCGAGGUGCCUCAUUCUGUACUGAGAAAUGUAAAAAAUCUAAAGUUUUUGGAUUUAAAUAAAAAUCCCAUUGCAAGGAUACAAAGAGGGGACUUUGUGGAUAUGCUUCAUCUGAAGGAACUAGGGAUUAACAGCAUGCCAGAGCUAGUUUCCAUUGACAGCUUUGCCCUCAAUAACCUCCCUGAGCUGACCAAAAUAGAAGCCACCAACAAUCCUAAACUUUCCUACAUCCAUCCAAAUGCUUUCUACAAACUGCCACGGCUGGAAACUUUAAUGCUAAAUGGCAAUGCACUCAGUGCUCUGCACAAGAUCACUGUCGAGUCCCUCCCAAAUCUCAGAGAGGUUAGCAUGCACAGCAACCCUAUCCGCUGUGACUGCGUAGUUCGCUGGAUGAACAUGAACAAGACCAACAUUCGCUUCAUGGAGCCUGAUUCACUGUAUUGUGUGGAGCCUCCAGAGUAUGAGGGCCAGCAUGUCCGACAGGUGCACUUCAGGGAGAUGAUGGAGAUUUGUCUGCCACUCAUCUCUCCCGAAAGCAUGCCUGGGCAUAUUAAAGCACAGAAUGGGAGUUCAUUGUCACUCCAUUGUCGGGCCUUUGCUGAACCAGAGCCAGACAUCUAUUGGAUCACCCCAUCUGGUACCAGGGUCCUACCUAAUACAGUGUCUGACAAGUUCUAUAUGCAUCCAGAGGGAACUUUUGACAUCUAUGAUAUAACAGAAAAUGAAGCUGGUCUUUACACGUGUGUUGCUCAUAAUCUGGUUGGAGCUGAUCUUAAGUCUGUUUCAGUAGAGGUGAAUGGAUAUUUUCCCCAACCUACAAAUAGGUCUCUUAAUGUUGUAGUCAAGUCAGUGGAGACAAACUCCAUUGUGGUUUCCUGGAAGGCUGCCCCUGGCACCCAGGCUCCCAACAUUCAGUGGUACACCCUAUCAGAUGCCAGUCACCCCACCAUGGUGUUUACUGCCAGGGUUCCCUCUGACAUCCAGGUCUACAACCUCACCCAUCUCAGCCCUGCCACUCAGUACAAAGUUUGUGUGGAUGUCCGCAGCAUCCACUACAACCAUGACACCAAAUGUGUCAAUGUCACCACAAAGGGAUUGGAGCUGGCAACCAUGGACAGAGAAAAAUUGGAUGCAGCAGUAAUCACCACCUUUGGUGUUCUCCUGGUUGUGAUUUCAGUGGCCUGCCUACUUAUCUAUGUGUCUCUGAGGAACCGCCACCUUUAUGGGGAUAUAAGGAAAUGCGACUCCAUAGCCUCAGUGGAAGUUGCCAGUAUGCACUCUCCUUUCUUUACAAAGCUGUGGGUUUCAGGUAAAGGACUGCCAAGUGGAGUGGAAGUAAAAGCCACAGUCAUAAAUGUAUCUGACAAUGCCUUUUAAGAAGUAUAGCUUUGUAGAGCACCACACACCAACUAUACUGAAAGGACAAGGCCAUGUGCAGGGGUGGACAAAUCUGUAGUCUUGUUUAAAGGCAUACUCAUUGCUGGUCUCUGACUCAGAUACACUUGCAAAACUAUUACUGGACUGGGAUGGAACUGUGUAAGAUAAACUACAUGCUCUCCCAGUUUUUAAAACCCUAGCUGAAGUGGUGGCUUUGUAACCAUUAAAUCAAACUAAGCUAACAUCAAAAGGAAGGGGCAUUUGCUGCAGAGAGAUAUAUUUCAGUACUAUUCAUACAGAAAUAAAGGCAGAGAAAUAAAAUGAAGAAUGAUGAUGGUCAAAUCUCUUGUAAUUGACUGUUAAAUAUGUUCAGAGUUGUGGAACUGUCUGUGUGGUCCCAAGCAAUACCGGCUGUGCUUUGUCAAACAUCCAUAGACAAGAUAGAGAUACUGUAAUAACAUUUGUCUAUUAUGGGAAGGGAGAUUUCGUAGAGUAGACAAAUAACAGUGACCACAGUGGUGUAAGACUUUUGAUGAAAUAUACCCCUCUUUUUCUAUCAAAAAAGAUUUUUGAUUUUUCAUGGAAAUAUUGUUACAUAUUCUAUUAUGUUGAUGUAAUGACAAAUCCUCUGUAUCUAAAUGGCUUUUAAAUUAAGGCAAGGACCAGACUACUUUUGAUUACAAUGACACAUUAAGCUUAAUGAAAUUCUGCUACAAAAUGGGUAUCUAGAGAGGACAUUUGCCAAAUGGCUGUUUAUGCUGUGUAGUUCUCAUUGCAACGGUGACUGGGAAAAAUGCAGAUAUGUUAGACUAAAACAAAUUUUAUGCAUUGAUUAAAAGUGAGGUGAUUGAUGUGCUAUCGCCUCAAGAAGUGGUCUGUUAUGCCAUGGUAAGUGCCUACAACAAGAACUACACGAGGUAAACAGAGAAGAAACCGAAGAAACGCAUCAGCCACAGCAAAACAUGGUCAUGUCAUCACUGCAGAAUCACAAGCUAUUCUCUAGUACUUUUAGUGGAAAUACUUUAUCAGUAUUUUUAGCAUUACAGUACAUAUUUUAAGAAAACCUUUUGUUGUUGCUUUGGGUGUAAAGUUAAAAAGCCAUUUUUAUAUUAACUGUAUUAUAUGUGAUCAAUGGGCACAACAGACUAAUUAAGAAAAGUGCUAAAAAAAUAAAUGUCAUUGUUUCUUUUACAAACAGUUGCGUACUUCUUUUGCUCUCUUCUCAUAUUUGUUAUAAUCGCCCAGGUUUAUUUCACCUCAUAAUGCAUGGUUGUUGCUUUAUACUAUUUUUCUUUUUUGUCACGAUCCAACCAUAGGUUAAUGUGAAAUGUCCAAUCAGUUUUAUCUGACAUUUCAACAGCAAGUAUGGGAAAAUAUUAAUGAUGAAGUGGUACAGAACAAAAAACUUUUGAGUCAGAACAAAGGGGAAAAGUCAGGAGACUCCAGCCGAUAUGGUUCAAUGGUCGGCCCAACCCUGGGAAAAAGAAAAAAAAAAGCAAUAAAAGAACAGAAUUCAUUAGUUGCCUCAUUUAAGAACAUGUUCAACCUUCAGCUGGUCCAAAUAUAGUCACUGUGCUACAGCUACAGCUGCUUGUACUUAGACAGGUACACAGUGUCCCUAUGACAGAGAGAUAAAGUACAGUAUUGAAGAGUAAGGUAGGGUGGGACCAGAGCUAAGUCUAAGCUUUAGGACUCACAUUUUAUUUCUUACUGAAUUAUCCAGCAUACAGAGCAGUUUGUAUGAGAAAGCCAAACAAGAUGAAUAGUUGUCAGAGGCAGAGUGACAUGACGAAUUUAUCAAACAGGGCCUAAAACCCAUACAUCAGAGCAGCCUUCAGCACCAUGGACAGAGGCUUUUAAAUCCAAGCUAUCUGUCAAAGACAAAGGGAGUUAAACUAUGACACACCGUGCUCCUCAGGUAAUGCUCAGGUCAAACAGACUGAAUAGAGGCAUGAGUAUGGAUGCACAAACAAGAAGGGCAGAGCUGAGAAAAUUUAAAGAACAUGUUUAGAUACAUUCAAAUAUGAGCUCAAGACCACUGAUUGACAAAAAGAGGGUCAUUUACAGAGAACAAAAAUGUGAACAUAGGCAAGCACACACACACACAAGCUCUCACUCAAAUGACCUCAUACACAGAGGUGUAGCAGUUUCAGUCUGAGUAGUUGGAGAAACACAACAUGACAGCCAAAGAAGCCAAUAAAUGAGUUCCCCAACCAAAUGUCAUUUGAAAUUAAAGCAAUUCAUUGUAUUAGCCAUGUUGCUAUUUUUCUUUUGCAGCUCAUGAUUUGAUUACAUAUUUGA